AUGGCAAAUGCGAAUGGCAGGGAUGCUGUUGCUAAUGCUGCUGAUAGUGGCGAUGAGAAUUUUUCCAGCAUACUUCAACUUAAGACAAAAUUAGUUUACGAUGGUGAUGUUUCGAUACCGCCUGGAGUUACGGUGAUCUCGGCGGAACCGUCAGUGGGCCAUCUUCCAUCUUCAAAUCUCUAUUUGACAUGCAAGGCCCCGUACCUUCUGCUUUUGGCAUGCAGCGAUGAGCAUGUUCGAUUCUUUGAGUGCGUGCAAAGUGCUUCAGAUGAUGGAAAGAUGAGAUAUGAUUGGAAGUUGUGGGGAAUGGUCGGCGAUUCAGCCAAGUCCAGCAUUGAAAUGGAUGGUGAGCACUGUUCUCUCCACUGA